CUGCCAAGUAACUCGAUAGUGAAGACCAAGCGUCGAAUAAUCAAACUAAACAACUUUGUGAACAUGGAUUCCACAAGAGUCAUCAACUUCUCAGCUGGACCAGCAAAGCUACCAGAAGAGGUCUUGGAAAAGGCACAGAAUGAAAUGCUGAACUACAAUAACACAGGGCAGUCUGUCAUGGAAAUUAGCCACAGGUCAAGUGAUUUCACCAAGAUCAUCAAUGCAGCAGAGAAAGAUGUCCGUGACAUUUUGAAUGUACCAAGUAAUUACAAGAUCAUCUUUAUGCAAGGAGGUGGUACUGGUCAGUUUUCAGCCGUACCUCUCAACCUUAUGGGACUCAAAGAAGGCCACACUGCGGACUACAUAGUGACCGGAAGCUGGUCAGCCAAGGCUGCAAAGGAGGCAGAGAAAUAUGGCAAAGUCAACGUUGUCAACCCUAAAAUGGACAAAUACACAACCAUUCAACAUGAAUCAACAUUCAAUCUAAACCCUGAGGCCUCUUAUGUAUUUUACUGUGCCAACGAAACCAUCCACGGUGUUGAGUUCCAGUUUAUACCUGAAACUAAUGGUGUCCCUCUUGUCUGUGAUAUGUCAUCAAAUAUGAUGUCUCGUCCCGUUGAUAUCUCAAAGUUUGGCGUAAUUUUUGCUGGAGCCCAGAAGAACAUCGGAUGUGCUGGUGUCACAGUUGUUAUAAUUAGAGAGGAUUUAGUGGGACAUGCUCACAAAAUGACACCAAUUAUCUUUGAUUACAAAACACAAGUUGGAAACAACUCCCUGUAUAAUACAGCACCUACAUACAAUAUCUACAUCCUUGGACUAGUAUUACAAUGGGUAAAACGUCAGGGAGGUCUGGAGAAGAUGGAACAGCUAUCUAGCUUAAAAUCCAAAGCUGUGUACCAUGUCCUGGACAGCUCUGAAGGAUUCUAUUGUGGAACCAUUGAGCCUCACUGUAGGAGUAGAAUGAAUGUUCCGUUCCGAGUCGGUGGACCUGAAGGCGACGAAGCUUUAGAAAAGAAAUUCUUAGAGGAGGCAGCAAAGAGGAAAAUGAUCUCAUUAAAAGGACACAGAUCUGUUGGCGGUAUGAGGGCUUCAUUAUACAAUGCUGUGACAGUGGAGGAGGCAAUGGCUCUGGUGAAUUUCAUGAAUGAAUUCCGUGAACAAAAUAGUGAACAACCUAUGAAUUAAACUACAAAGACAUUUUAAAGAAAAUUCAAUUACUGAUAUCCAGCCUGUAAAUGCUAGUCUUUACAAUGUUUCUUCAGAAAUGUAUUGACCCAACCAGAUUUUCAAAGCAUUUCGUUAGAAUGUCUAAAUAAUCACAUUCUUUAUUCGACAUACAAGUUCUGCUCUUGGUAUCCAUUCACCGUGAAUUGUUGUGUACCUAGCCAACCGUCUCAUGGACACAGUUGGUUGAUCCGACUUAAAUAUAAGGUACUUCAAGGAUAUGCAGGAGUAUUCAUGUGAACGCUAAAACUACAAUAAUCAAACUUCUGUUUAGUAAUACUGGAUAUCUCUGUUACACACAGAUGUCAAACAGAAUCUAGAACAUGACCAUCAGCAAUUUUGACAUAAUUUUUUUCUAGUAGAUUGAAAUUAAUGAAAUUUCAAAAUUUAGAUUCUCAUCAUUUUUCUCUCAGUUCAUAGUUACCCGUUGUGAUGUGGGAAUACAUGUUUGGGAAAGCAUUUUUCACACAAUAAAGGUUAGAAAUAUGAAGUACAAGUUACAUAUGUCUAGAACUUUCCCAAAAUAUUUUCUUUUCUAAAUGUCCUAAACGGUGGAUGUUUGGGACUGAGCUAUUGGUUGUGUGUGGUUGUGUAGGCAGAGUGAACCUAGACAAAUAUACAGGUGUUUAAAUCUAGUGUUUAAGUGUUUAACACAACUUUGCACCUGGCAAAGAAUUCUCACAUAAAAAAAUAAUACUGUACGACUUUUGUCGGCAAAGUGUGAUAGUAAGAGAGUUAAAAAUGUUAUUAAUGAAUGUUUGUGAAAAUUUAAGAACACAGGAUAUGAUAUGUCCUGAAAGUUGUUUUAGGGACAUAUUUUAACGUGUUUGUUUUGAAGGUUGUCAAAAUGGAAACAUACGUAACCAUAAAAAGUUUGUUGAAAGUCUGUAUUGAAUGGAAGCAGAAUGAUUGAUGUAAAUAGUGAAAAUGAUAAUGUUAGCUGAUUUGUGUGCAAGAGAUUUUAGUUAUUAAAUUGUAUAAACACAAUGUAAAUGUAAAACAUAUUGAGAAAUAUAUUUUAUUAUUUAAAGAUAUGUUGAUAAACAUAUUCAUUUCAUUUUCUUUGUAAAUAUAUUGAAGUUUUAUCAGCUGUAAAAUUGAAGAAAAAAAUAUGAAAAUUUCGUUUGAUAUAAGUUGUUUUUGACACUGAUGUAAUUUCUUUCAUAUUUUGUGAUUCCAUAUGCCAUAUUUUGAGAUGUUGUAUAAUAUCACAUAGCUGUACAAUUUCAUAUUCAUUGAAAAAACUCACUCCCUAUGUGUAUAUUAAAAAUUUCAUUGUUCAAUCUUAGUGUCAUGUGUAAAAUGGCUGAACUUGUGUACCUUUGUAUGUAGCACAAGCACUCAAUCAUUUGUACAUUGAUGCAGAAACAAAUCAAUUGUUCGAGAAAAUACUUUGAUCUGUAUUUUUUCCCUUUUUAAUUUCUCUAAAUUUGAGUUAUACUUUUCAACGAAAAAUUUGAGGGCAAGAAUACACUGUAUCUUUAGACAAAAUUACAUCAAUGAAACUGGCAUCUGUUAUAAAGGUCAUUAACAGAAAUAAUUUUUCAUGUUACAAAUAUUCCACUUUCUUCAUCAACUGUUCUAUUUUGAAAGAGUUUCAACACCUAUAUGCAUCAAUCUAUUUUUUGCGUCCUCCCAUCUUGGGUAUAUUAUACACUAGUCAUAGUUUAUAUAAAGAGAAGGUGUUAAGAAUCAUUUGGAUCUGUUGGAAUAAAAUAAAGAUCUGAAUUUGCAUACAGCUUGUCCUCAAAAUAAUACAGAUAUACAGAUGGCCAGUUUAGCACUCGUUAAAAGCCUUUCCUUUGUCAAGUUCACAAGAACACUGAAAGCUUGUGUUUAAAUAACGUAUAUUUGUGUCUAUUGUUAUUGUCAGAAUGACCUAAAAUAUUGUUUAUAAAACUACAAACAUCCUAAAAAAAAUGAUAAAAAUGCUGAAGUAAAAACAA